UUUCGUGGCUCUUUGGUCGCCCUAGCGCACACGCACGUAUUCCCACGUUCACGCACGUACGCUCAGGCGGGUGCGCACUUAUUUCACACUGUGGAGAGACGCUACACUCCAGGGCUCACUCAUCGGACCGUUUCGUGUGUCGUACUGGCUGAAGCGGCGAGAAAGGCCAAGAGGAGGAGGUGAUCGUCAAGGCGCUGUUGAACAUGGAGUCGCGCUACCAGGGAGGUCCCGAGGAUUGCCAGGUCCUGGAGGAGGUUCUGGUGGCGGCGGCGGCCCAGGCGGAGGCCCGAGCCGAGGAGUGCGAGCCCUGGGGCGGCGACGGCGGCAUGGGCGCCGCUCUGGACGACAGCCUGACCAGCCUGCAGUGGCUGCAGGACUUCUCAAUCCUGGGGGGCGGCGUGGCAGCAGGCAGGCCCCCCCGCGGCAGAGGCGGUCCACCGGGCUCGGAAGCACCAACCUCGCCGCUGGCGGCCGACCUGGCCUCGGCGGGGUCGCCGCUCACGCCGGGCAAGCCCACGGCGGCCGCCUACUGCCGGCUGGGGCCACUUCCCGCCAUCGUGGCGCGCGGGCAUUGCCCGGAUGAAGUGGACUACAAGACAGACGCCGGCGUCAAACCGCCGUACUCCUACGCGCAUCUGAUCUGCAUGGCCAUGAAACACAGCAAGCACAGCAAGAUGACACUGGCUGGCAUCUAUAAGUGGAUCACCGACAACUUCUGCUACUUCAGGCACGCCGAGCCCACCUGGCAGAACUCCAUCCGCCACAACCUGUCACUCAACAAGUGCUUCAUCAAAGUUCCCCGUCAGAAGGACGAGCCAGGAAAGGGCGGCUUCUGGAAGAUCGACCCGCAGUACGCCGAGCGCCUCUUGAGCGGCGCCUAUAAGAAGCGCCGCAUGCCGCCCGUCAGGAUCAACCCGGCGCUGCAGAGCCGGCUGGGGCUGGCCCCGCAGCCCCCCGCCCUGCGGGUGGACCCGCAGUCCCAGCGGCUCCUGCAGGAGUUCGAAGAGGCCACGGAGCAGAGCUGGGACGUCCGCCUGGCCGAGGGCACCAUGCUGGGGUCCUGGCCGGCGCCCCGCGGCGGCGUCAAGAGGAAGUCCAGCCGCGGUAACGGAUGGGGCAAGUCCCCACGCCGCUCUGGCUCCCCCCCGCUCCCCGCAGACGAGCAGAAGGACAGCGGCCCCCUCAAGGGCGACUUCGACUGGGACGCCCUGCUGGACUCGGCGCUCAGCGGCGAGCUCAGUCUGGACGCCGGCGACACCCUGGGCACGGUGGUCGAAGACGAGGAGCAGAACGGCCACUGCGCUGCCCCCGUGGGGACCACCGACACGUUGUCCGAGUCGCAAAAGUCCUUCUUGGGUUGCGCCUUCCUGGAGAGCGUUUGGCCGGAAGACGGGGAGCAAGAGCGUGGUGACUUCCUGUGCGGCGCCGGCGUCAACUUGGAGCAACUCUUUGACCUGGCCGACUCCCCCGUGGAGCCCUUGCUCUGAGGUCCCCCUCAGUCCUGUAGCCCAAAUUUUUGAUGACUUCCUGUUUACAUCACAUGGUAACAGCUGACCACAUGACAUUUCAACAACAUUUUCUCGGCAGCUGCAAAUCCAUCACAUCAGAAUCGAUCGCAAUUAACUCAUUAGCUGCCUUUUGGACAUCUGUUACAGUCAUUGGCAGUGAAUGAGUGAAACACUCACCAACCGUACCGGACGUUUGCUCAUGAGUCGCCAAAUUUUUUUGGCCAUCAUGCCGCCAAGAUGAGCGUAAAGGCAAAUUAAAAACAUCAAGAAACACCAACUUCCUGCUUUGGCCCCGCCUCCUCAGGCUCUACUUCCUUUUGUCAUUCGUUAGCGUUUGCCAAAUGAUGCAUUU